ACAUUUAGUAACGCGCCAACCGCCGCGCGGAACAUACGUGUUUCGGUUUAUGGCCUGAGACCGGUACACCUGUGCCUGUGCCCGUGUAUCCAUCGGUAACACGUAAACAUAGUUGUCACGUCGUUUGGACAAGUGCAGCCAAGUGGGAUUGGAAGCGGUCGCCGCGUGUUGAACGCUCCCGAGUGACAGUUGCAUUCUGCAGGGCGACAGGAGUGACUGGUGUGGCAUACCAUGUAGUGGACAUUCGAUCAGAACAGUAUUUGAAUAUAUCAAAAUGGCCGACUACGAUGAAAUAAAUGUCGACGAUGAAGUUGGCUACGAGUACGAUACGACGAAAAUACCGGAAAUAGUUACGCCGGAUGACAUGACCGAAUCCGGGUACCAGGAAUCGGAAAAAAGUUACGGUGACCGCCGGGAUUCUAAGGAGGGAUUCGGGGGGGAAGGUGACUCUGAUAGUGGGGUGGACGGUGUUAGUAGCGGGUGCAGCACGGUGGACGAUUGCCCUGUUGUGUCGAUCAAUGAUGUGGUCGCGUAUUAUGAUGAUAUCCGGCCCAGGCGUCGGUAUGCUCCCCAACUCAACUAUUACCACGUGGACAUCGAGAGGAUGGCAUUGGACGCUGUUGUUCAGAGCGAAUCGAGCUACACCUCUUCAGAGGAGGGCUGUUUUAGCGGCGAACGCCACGCCGUACUCAGCUACGAGCAGGUGAGGAGGCUCAACGAUGUCAUGGACGAGGUGGUGCCAAUCCACGGCCGCGGCAACUUCCCCACGUUGCACGUGCGUCUGCGAGAACUUGUGGCUGGAGUCCGCGCUCGCCUUGAAGCCUCGCAAACUGAAGGUGGCGCCGGAGUUGCCGUGAGAGACGUCCGGCUUAACGGCGGAGCUGCGAGCCAUGUCCUCACAGACCAGUCUCAACCCUACUCGGAUAUCGACCUCAUCUUCACCGCGGAGUUGCCCACAGCCCGCCACUGUGAUCGAGUCAAAGCGGCUGUCUUGGGACAUCUCGCCACGCUCAUGCCUGCCGCCACUCCCCGCCGUCGGGCUUCUCCAGCCGGUCUGAAGGAAGCCUAUGUUUCGAAAAUGGUCCGAGUAAAUUCCGAUGGUGACCGCUGGUCUUUGAUAUCCUUGGGAAUUUCCCGAGGUCAUAAAUCCGUGGAACUGAAAUUUGUAGACACGAUGCGACGCCAGUUCGAGUUCUCCGUGGACUCCUUCCAAAUAGCGUUAGACUCCUUACUUGCCUUCCACGAGUGCGCUCAGCUGCCAAUCGGGGAGAACUUCUAUCCAACUGUCGUUGGAGAAUCUGUGUAUGGAGACUUCCACGAAGCCCUUAUGCAUCUGUCGGAGAAGUUGAUCGCAACCCGACAGCCUGAGGAGAUCCGCGGAGGGGGACUGCUAAAAUACUGCGCUCUGCUGGCAAAGGCUUACCGACCGGCGCGACCUGACAAGAUUAAGAUCCUUGAACGCUACAUGUGCUCAAGAUUCUUCAUAGACUUCCCUGAGUUGGGACAACAACGAGCCAAGCUCGAGGCAUAUCUCCGGAACCACUUCGUUGGCUUAGAAGAAGAGGCGCUAAAGCACAGGUACCUGACGCUGCUGCACGGCGUCGUGCGCGAGUCGACAGUUUGCCUCAUGGGCCACGAGCGACGGCAGACUCUGGCACUGAUCGAAGCACUGGCGUGUCGCGAGCUUUGUGCACGUGCUGUGCUUAUGCCGCAAAUGGUGGUGCCGCAGUACUACGUGUGUGUGUGUGCGUGUGCGGCCUGCGCCACAUACGCGCCGUGCUGCGAAUGCUGCCGCCCGCAGCUGUGCCCCGCGUGACCCUCACGCGACCACGACCGACCAUGAAUUUAGUGCCAAAUGUAUAUAAUAUAUGUAUGAUACGCUGUGUGUAUAUAAUGUGAGAUUCGCUUGAACCAACGCGGUUACACUCUGCGUCAAUUCGAUGUUGCUCACUCUACGGAUCAAUUCUUGUCAAUUCGUUGUGAUGGGCUCGCGCAUCUUCCCGACAUCACCGCGUCAUUCAUUCGCCGAUUUCUAAAUUCUAACUCGGCUCGCCCGGGACGUCGACGCGUGAUAUAAUUUUUGAUGGUACUCCUUUCGUGUUGAUUGCUUAAUAUGUCAGCAGUACGGAAAUUGUCGAUCACGCCAAUCCGACCGACCAUUGGCCCCAGUCGACGGCCUACGGCUCGUGAUGCCCAUGGCCUAUUAAAAGACUAGUUAGUUAUUUUUAAGAUGUUAUGUAUAAAUCGUCUCUCAUAAUGUAAUUGCAUGUCUCUCUCAACAAAGACCGCGAAACUAAUUGAUGAUUCAUUCCUCAUUUCAUUAACUCAUUCCGUAGUUAAGCCAUCUGAUGACAGUCGAGAAUCAAAAUGAUCCUACGCAUUUACAGUGCACUAGAUGGCAUGUGAGAUGUGAACAAUGAUGCUAAUAAGUCAUGAGAUGGUUUAUCUAGUCAUUCAAAGCCCCGCCUUGACAGGCCUUGAAACGCGACAAAAGACAUUAAUCUAAAUUUUAAUGAAUACAGAGUGUACAGAUGCAAACAGACGCGGAGUAAGAUGUACGAAAGCUGGAUCUUGAUGACUAUGUUGUAAAGGUCAAUACGGUUCGUUCCUUGUGAGAUAAAUGACCUAUUUUACUAAAUAUUUAUUAAUCUAAAAUUGUAUGUAUACACUUCUAUCGUAAUCGCUUUAAUUAUUGUAUGCGGCUUGGAGAAAAUAUACCAAAAUAAAAAUAAACUAAAAAGAAAAAGCCAAGAUGAAUACAAUGUUAAAGUAACAUUGAAAUAUAACAUUGUUUAUAAAUAUUUUAAGAACAUUUACAAGUAGUAAAGUCAUGUCUUAGGAACAUGUUUUUCUUUAAGUUUCAAUGAACAGUAGUCGAUAUGCGAAAUUGUGAUGUAAUUGUUGUAGAAUAAUGUUGUCAAGGAUUAUAUACUUACAUAACAUAUUAUCUAGUUAAAUUCGAUAGAGAUAUAUUAUUGUUGUAUUUAAUAGUGAUACGAAUGGUGUAAACAUUGUCCGGCCAAAUCGUGCAUGUCUUAUCUAGUUGCCAACGCAAAGUUAUAUGUAUACAAUUGUAUGGACUAAUUCUAAGUUGUCUAGGUCCGGAGUACUGAGUACAACCUGCUUAUCUUUAAGGAUCUUCGGAACAAUGAACGAUUUUAUGAACGAAUUUUUCUAUCUUGCUCACGAAACAAAAUUAAGAUCUCAUCUAACCGAUUUGACAUUUUGUUCACUCUUCGCUUCGGAUGACUUUUCUACAUUGUCUGCGUUCUUGUCAUAACAUUCUAAGCUUCCAUUGUUAAUAUCUAAUGUACCAUAGAUUACCGCAUGUAGAUUAAACGUAGCUUUGUAAUUAUCGCGUAAUAUCCUGAACCCGAGACCGUAUGGACGGAACGCAGUGCAACAUUUUGAUGUACCUAGACGUAGACCACAUGUACUUAGUUAUGUAAUUUAAAAUACAUAAUGUAGCUAUUGAGAAAUUUAACUAUAUUCCAUUUAUUAAGAUUAUCACUAGUAUUUCGCCUGGUACAUAAGUGUAGUGAAAGGUGGACAUACACUUGCUAUCGAGAGAUUCAAAGCCAAGGUAUGGCCGUCUUUCGGAAUAUCUAAAGAAUAUUCAACUUUGUCUUCUCUGUUGUGUCUACGGCCUACGCUAUCGACGCAGGCGUCUAGCGCCCGAACCCAAUAAUUAAUCCACAAUCUCAAAUUGCAAACAAUCCGAGAUCUCUUAUUAAUAUCAAUCGUCGAUUGGUUAUUGCACACCUUUAUCAAUAUUUGGAUUAAGAUCUCUAUCUCAGAUCACAAAUGAAUUGAGAUAGGUUUAUUAUGUUGGGUUUGGGCGUAAGUUAUGAAUUGUGAUCUUUUUGACGGAUAUUUUUAAAUCGCCUUUGUUAUUGUCAUUUCUUAAUACAGAAUCUCAUCAUUCAAUUAAUCUAUGUCAACGUGUCUAUUAAAAGAUGAGAGUUUAUUUUAAUUGGAUGGUAAGAUUCGGUCAUCUGUGAUUAAUUAUGCAGCUUGACUAUUGGCAUAAUAUUUUUCAUAAAUCUACCUCCUGAAGAGACUUUAUACGGAAUUUUUUUAUUCAUGGAAUACUUAAUAAAAUAGUAGAUUAUAUAUCGCUUUGACCUUUAUCCAUAUUAGCAUAUGGGCGAUUUCUUUUGUUUUUUUAACCCAAAAAUUUUAAGGUCGUGUAUAAUGAGGUAGGUUUUUUUGUUUAAUUUUACAUAGCAUCAUAGUAAGUUGAAAUUUUAAAAAAAUCGUCAUGUUCAAAAAAAAGGUUGCAAUAUUUAAAAAUAGUUUUUAUUAUGUAUUCGAUAGAAAUGGUAAAGUUUUUGCAAUGGCCCCAAUAGGCUUUAAUAAUAAACUGCUUCCCUAACGGUCUUAAUAUAUACAAUAAAAAUCGAGAGACAUGAUAUUGUUUAAGAUUAUAUUUUUCUAUAGUUACCAUCAGUUUUCAGCUAGCCUUAUUUUUAAUUAUUUUUUAAUCUACUUAUGCAUUGUAAACCGUUUGUGUGUUUCCAUUUAAUAAUCUUUCACAUAAAUGUUUGUCGUUGGUUUUUUGGAAAUAAAAAGAACAAAGUGGCAGUCAUGGAUAUUAAACAGAACACACAAAUGUAAAAACGUUGCUUCGAAUGAUUUAAAGUACUAAAAGUCGUUAAAGUUCGAUAUUACAGUUAAAAAUAAAUACAGUGUGAAAAUACGGUGUUGGUAAAAAAUCAGUGCUGUUUUUUAUGAAAUAUAAUUUUAUUAUAUCCAGUACGAUGUAAAGAUCUUAUCUUACGUGUAAAUAAAUUAACGAUAAAUCUCAAAUAUUAUCACUCUGAAUGAAACUAAAGUUUUUAAUCGAUCUACUUGCUCUAACUAGUCGUUUAUUUGUCGUCCUAACUGUAAUGUCGAACUAUCGGAGUGGCGUCAGGUCCCGUCGCUCAUAUGUUACAAGCGAAGCCGGGGCCACAGACUCUCUAGAGUAGAUGCUAGUACAUAAAGCCUUAGAUUAUAUAAGCUUAUUUUAAGUUUUGAAUACCUUUCUUGUAGUGAACAAAUCCGAAUUCUAUAACCAAGAUAUUUAAAAAAAAUUGAAUCUUGAUGCCCCUUUGUCCCGGCUGGCGAGGGACAAAAAUAUUCAGUGACGUCAACACUACGCCCUACUCAAAACUAUGUAUCGAGAGGAAGAUCAAAUAGACCCUUUCAGUUUCUGAGACAAAUCACGCGAAGUACAGUGAGGACAAUCUCACUGGCGCUGUUAUUAUUUACAUAUAAAUAAAAUUCGGAUUUCUUCGAGUUGAGGUAGAUUAUAUUUACACUUAUUGAUAUAUUUUCUCUUCCAAGUUGCCUGUUUCGUAUAACAUGAGGCAUGGACUCGCUGUUGUUGGGUUACAUAAUGUUUAUAUUUGUGAAGAGUUUUAAGCUAUUGUAAAUUUUACAGAAAACUAAAUAAAAAUGUUGUGAAAAUAAAUUAUAAAAAAGUGAUAAACAGUGA